AAAGAAUGAAUGUCGCCGCCAGUUGUUAGUUGUACCCAUCAGCUUCACUGACUUCCUCAUCACCAUCGUCUCACCUGAUUUUAUUUUCUUGGACGAUUCCCCUUCAUCCAUUCCCACCCACUCUCAGGCGUUAACCUAAUUUUCUUUCCACCUCUGCCUCAUCUCAGGCACCUCGUUUAACCCUAUCCUGAGAAGAACAUUCCGUGGGGCAAAAUGAAGCUCACUUUCAAGGAUUUGAAACAGCAGAAAUUCACCAUCGAGGCUGAACCGGAGCAGACAAUCUCCGAGGUCAAGGCCAAGAUCCAAGAGGACAAGGGAUUUGAAGCCUCAACGCUGAAAUUGAUCUACUCUGGUAAAAUCUUGCAAGAUGCCAACACCGUAGCUUCCUACAACAUUGAGGAGAAGGGCUUCAUCGUGUGCAUGGUCUCUAAGCCUAAACCUGCUCCUGCUAGCUCCUCCGCAGCCUCCUCCGCCAAAACACCCUCUACUCCUGCCCCCGCUGCAGCUCAGACCCCCGCUCCGCCUGCCGCUCCUGCUCCAUCUACCAGCACCACACAGGCUAACCCGCCGGCGACGCCGUCGCCUGCCCCUGUCGCUGCUGCUGCACCUGCUGCACAGGAGGGUGCUGCUUUCAACGAUGCGUCGGCGUUUGCGAUUGGAGGUCAGCGAGAGGCGGCUAUUCAGAACAUGGAGAGCAUGGGCUUCCCUCGACCUGAUAUCGAACGUGCCAUGCGUGCCGCCUUUUUCAACCCCGACCGUGCCGUUGAAUACCUUUUAAACGGCAUUCCCGAGAACGUUCAGCAAGAACGACGACAACCAUCGCAGGCUGCUGCGGCUCCUGCUUCCGAAGACAUUGCGUCACCUCCCGCCACUACUGGUACUCAAGGAGACGAGCCCAUUAAUCUUUUCGAGGCCGCUGCACAAGCUGGCCGUGGCGGCAGCGGCGCCGCCGCCGCCGGCGGUGCGCGAUCCGGUGCUGGAGCUGGAACUGGAGCUGGCGCUGGCGCUGGUGCUGGUGCUGGCGAUGCUGCGGCUGCAGCAGCCGGCGGAAUGGGCAAUCUCGACUUCCUCCGAAACAAUCCUCAGUUUCAGCAGCUUCGACAAGUCGUGCAAAAUCAGCCUCAGAUGUUGGAGCCUAUUCUUCAGCAGGUCGGUGCCGGGAAUCCCCAGCUCGCCGCUUUGAUUGGUCAAAACCCGGAGCAGUUCCUGCAAUUGUUGAGUGAAGACAUUGACGAUGAUGCGCCGCUGCCCCCGGGUGCUCAGGCCAUUACCGUGACUGAGGAGGAGCGUGAGGCCAUUGAGAGGUUAUGCCUCCUUGGUUUCGAGCGGGAUAUGGUUAUCCAAGCAUACUUUGCCUGCGACAAGAAUGAGGAGCUUGCCGCCAACUUUUUGUUCGACCAGCCCGACGACGAUGGCGACCAGUAAAUCAUAAAGGUUCAUCAGUGAUGGCGUUUCAUUCUGUUUAAAAAGGGCGCGCUGAUUUGCAGCUAUCUUAACUACUUUGUUAUCUCCUGCACAGAGCAAUGUUGAUGACAACGACGUGCUUUUCUGCCGGAGCUUUGUGCUGUUGUCUUUUGUUGCAUUUAUCCUAUUGAGUGCUUGCCUAGGGAUAUUCUUUCCACUUUGACGAUGAUUUCAGCAAUGGAACGCCCCCUUUUUUUUUUUCUUUGUUAGUCCAUAUUCCCCAACAAUAACACUGGGCUACUAGUUGCCCAACUUUUUUCUUGUAUCACUUGCCACUUAAUCGGACUAUUCCCUUACAGCAAAUUGGUCGUCAUGUCGCCGAUGUUGCUUUCCCUGUGAAUCUUUCCGAUAGCUAGUCAUGAACAAACGUUGAUUAGGCCAGUGACUCCUAACAAGAGUUAUGCACGUGAACGUAGAGCAGAC